UUGCGUCACCAAAUACACAUCCAGUAGAAACAGGAUACACUAAAAAACACGGUGGCAAAGCGUACAAAGAAAAGACGAGUAGAAGGAAAGGAGAUAAAAAAAAAUGGUGGCGUCAUACAUUGGUAUUUCAUCUCUCAAUUCUUCUUGUUUUCCUCCUCGACCUUGCUUUGCUAAACGCAAACCAUUUGCAGUUUCAGCUGCAAUGAGCGAUGAUCCAAUCAGUGAUUGGAUUUUGUCAGAAGGAAAUGCAACCCAGAUAACACGAACUAGUCCCAUUGGUGGUGGUUGUAUCAACAAUGCAAGGCGUUAUGACACUGAUGCUGGUUCUUUCUUUGUAAAAACAAACAGAUUUUUACUGUUCAAAUACUGGAUUAGGGGUAUAGGACCAUCCAUGUUUGAGGGAGAGGCUCUUGGCCUGGGUGCCAUGUAUGAAACCAGAACAAUCCGGGUACCUAGGCCAUUUAAGGUUGGACCCCUACCAACAGGUGGAUCAUACAUCAUCAUGGAGUUUAUUGAAUUUGGGGCAUCUAGAGGCAAUCAGUCUGUUCUAGGGAGACAGCUUGCUGAAAUGCAUAAAGCUGGGAAAUCUGAAAAAGGCUUUGGUUUUGAUGUUGAUAAUACCAUUGGCAGUACUCCACAGAUAAACACUUGGACAUCAGACUGGAUAGAGUUUUACGGAAAGCACAGAUUGGGUUACCAACUUAAGUUGGCAUUAGAUCAAUAUGGUGAUUCAACCAUUUAUCAAAAAGGAAAAAGAUUGGUGGAGAACAUGGCACCUCUCUUUCAAAACAUUGUCAUAGAGCCAUGCUUACUUCAUGGAGACUUGUGGAGUGGGAAUAUUAGCUCUGACAAGAAUGGCGAGCCUGUUAUACUAGACCCAGCUUGCUAUUAUGGACACAAUGAAGCAGAAUUUGGAAUGUCAUGGUGUGCUGGUUUUGGAGGAUCAUUUUACAAUGCUUAUUUUGAGGUGAUGCCCAAACAACCAGGCUUUGAGAAGAGGAGAGAGAUCUAUUUGCUGUAUCACUACCUGAAUCAUUACAAUCUCUUUGGUUCCAGUUAUCGGUCAUCAGCAAUGUCAAUAAUAGAUGAUUAUCUGCUAAUGCUAGGAGUGUAAGAAUUGUAUUACACGCAUAUGAAAUGAAAAGGGAACUGGAAAACGAGGCUGUAUUGAAUUUGUAAAGUGAAUUCAGGUCUCAACUCUAAAGCUAUAGUAGACUGUGAACCGUGGUUGGAGGGUGUGUUUAUUGCUUAAAAGAACCCGAACCCAGUAGAAUAAUGUUUUGGAGAAUGGAGGAUUGAAGUUCUUCAUACCUCUAGAGAGGCUAAUAGCUGUGCAGAUGGAUUGGCUAAUUUAGAUAUUAAUCUAUGUCUCCAGGUAUUCUGGUUGGAUGUUCUAUUAAUACAAGACCAAUACAGAGCAGGGCAGUUUAAA